UAUAUACGUAAUUGUUUAGGCUUUUACGAUCCAAAUUAAAUCCCAUUCACUGAAAGUAGCAGCCGGUUGCCCCCACCGGUGCUCGUCCGUCUUCCACGUGUCAGCCGGUAAAAGCCUGAAAUUGUAGCUUAAGUUUGGACCAAACUUUUAGUUUAAGGUGCUCCCUUCGGCAAUACACUACUGCAGAGUGAGUGCAGAGGUCUGAUAUUUCUCGUCCAAGUGUCGCCUCAAAGCCAAGAGAAAUCACCGUUUUUGGUUUCAAAGAAACCUCGAAACUGCCCUUUAGAAGCACUUUGGCUCCGUCAUAACGUAACUAUUUUUGGGACAGAGAAGGAAAGAACUUUGUUUUUUGUGAAAUCAGAUGUCGACAGCGACAUAUCCACCGCCGCCGCCGUAUUAUAGGCUGUACAAGGACUAUCUUCAAGACCCCAAGUCUGCUCCGGAACCUCCCCCUCCCAUUGAAGGCACCUAUGUCCUCUUUGGUGCUAACUACACUACUGAUGAUGUACUCCCAAGUUUGGAAGAUCAGGGUGUGCGUCAAUUAUACCCAAAAGGGCCUAAUAUUGAUUUCAAGAAAGAACUAAGAGCACUUAACAGAGAAUUGCAGCUACAUAUAUUGGAGCUUGCUGAUGUUCUUGUAGAGCGCCCUUCACAAUAUGCCAGGAGAGUGGAAGAGAUAUCUCUGAUAUUCAAGAACUUGCACCACCUACUCAAUUCUUUGCGUCCUCACCAGGCUCGAGCUACACUUAUCCAUAUUCUAGAACUUCAGAUACAACGACGUAAACAAGCAAUAGAGGAUAUUAAGCGGAGAAGGGAAGAAGCUCAGAAGCUUCUAAAGGAGGCACUUGGUACCCUGGAGGGACAGUAGCAUGCUCUUUAAACUCUACACAGUCAGCUGGCGCAGUAGGCUUGACAAUUAGAGUGUCCAAAAUGCUUUGAGAGCACACAUAUUUCUUGUACAUUGGAAAAAGGAGGAAAUGUCAUUAGGAUAAAGUCACAAUUUUAGUGAUGAUAUCUAUCUGUACAAUAUUCUGCUUGAGGAGAUGGUGGUGGUAGCAUAUAUUUCUAGUUUGAACACUUCGUUGCCCAAUGGGGAAAUUGACCUGUUGGCAGUAGAAUUGUUUCAAAAUUUGUGUCUGAUUUUGACUCUCAAGAAGAUUAAUGGCCGCAUCUGAGAUAAGGAUUUGGUGUAUGACUUAGAAAAUUGAAAGACA